AUGGAAUCUAACACAUAUGAUGCAAAGAUCGUCGGCAAAGAAUUCUGCGAGGCUAGUGGUUUUCCGAAGCUAGAAACUCUUAGAUUUUCUUCUAAGCAUCUUGUGGAGUGGGCUGAGAUAGUGAAUGGAGCCUUCCCUAGUUUAAGGUAUCUCGAAUUUCAUAAUUGUGAAAAUAUGAGAUUUGUUAAUGAAGACUUGAGGAACAUAUCUACGCUUCAAGAACUAAAACUCCAAGUACACGGAGACCUUGCAAGGCAACUGCUAGGUGAAGAGAAUUACAAGAUUAAACAAAUUCCAAAAUGGGGGCUUAAUGAAUAUGGUAAACAGAGAGUUUGUAAAGUAGAAGUUGACGAGAGCAAUCCUGAGUCAAUUGAUUUUAAAAAUCUCGAGAUUCGUUCUCUGUUUUUGGAUGCUAAAUACAAUCAUUCGGAUUGUGAUCGAGGUCUUUCCGUGGCCUUUAUGCAAGAUAUUUGCAAGUUGCAAUUUUUGGUGGUGUUGAGAAUAUUUGGUGUUGUUCAAUCUAUUCCUGAUGAAGUGGGGAAUUUGGUUAACCUCAAAUUUUUGGGGUUGGCUGUGUGUGUAAAUUUGGAUAAACUGCCGCGGACUUUAGGUAAUCUUCAAAAACUUCAAACUCUGGGUCUAAAAUAUUGGGGAAGACUACGAGAACUACCGGUAGAUGUGCUGAAACUUCAACAGCUGAGGCACCUUCAACUUGGCGACAUCAAUGACUUGGGAGUCAGAGUACCCAAAGGGAUUGGAACGUUGGUAAAUCUGCAAACAUGUGAAGGCGUGUGUGCAGGCUACGGCAUUGCUAAUGAAUUGGGUACUUUAACUCAACUACGUAGAUUUGGCGCUAAUUGUGUCUCUGAAGGUCAUUCUAGUGAGCUAGCUGCAGCUAUUAUGAACAUGCAAAACCUUCUCUCAUUGACAUUAGAAGCCGAGGGCGUAUUGAUUGAUGGUGAAUACAGAGGUGUUUUACCUCAACUUGAAAACUUUUCCCCACCGCAUCUUGUUCAAGAGCUGACUUUAUGUGGAGCACUAAUUGAAAUCCCCAGCUGGGUCAUUUCCAUGCAGAAACUUACCAGCUUAAAUUUAUAUAAAUCUUAUUUAUCACAAGAUGACGCUUCUAUUCUUCAAUAUCUUCCCAAAAUAAAAUAUUUGUAUCUAUGGGAAGCGUACAAUGCAAAGAUCAUCGGCGAAGAAUUUUGCGAGGCUGGGGGUUUUCCGGAGCUAGAAACUCUUCGAUUUAGUUCUGAGCAUCUUGUGGAGUGGGGUGAGAUAGUGAAUGGAGCCUUUCCGAGUUUAAGGUAUCUCGAAUUUCAUAAUUGUGAGAAUAUGAGAUUUGUCACUGAAGACUUGAGAAAUUUAUCUAUGCUUCAAGAAGUAAAUUUCAGGGCAGUACAUGAAGACCUUGCAAGGCAACUUCGCGGUGAAGAGAAGUACAAGAUUAAAGGAAUGCCAAAAGUAAUGAUCAACGGGUCAUAUAUAUCUUGGUAG